AUGAAUAAUCUAAAAUUGAAGAAUCAUUUUUUUUCUGAUGGAGUAUGGAAUGAAUUUGAAAAAACUUUAAUAUCCUUCUGUCAGUUCACUGUAUGUUAUGGAUAUAACAAUAAUGCUGAACCGUAUCAAGGAUAUUAUAAUUAUCAUAAUCAAGUUAAUUCACCACAAACAAAUUACCUUAUUCAAAAUAAUACUGUAAAUCAGGGUAAUUCACCAAUAUCUGGGAAUGAAGAGGAUGCUUCUGCGCAGAUGGCUCAUGCUACUAGAGCAUCACCAGCUACUAUUCAAUGGCUUGUAACAAAUUAUGAAACAGCGGAUGGGACAUCAUUACCUAGGUGUACAUUAUAUAAUCAUUAUAUAAAACAUUGUAAUGAACAUAAAAUAGAGCCUGUUAAUGCUGCAAGUUUUGGUAAAUUAAUAAGAUCUGUAUUUUUGGGUUUGAGAACUCGAAGAUUAGGUACUAGAGGGAAUUCAAAAUAUCAUUAUUAUGGUAUUAGAAUUAAACCAGAUAGCCAAUUAGCAAAAUUGUCAACAAAAGAAGAAGAAGCAACCAGAGCAACAAGAGGUUCGGGAACAAGAAGUAAACGUCAACAAUCAUCAACAACGACAACUACCAAUACAACUAAUACUACUGCUUCUUCACCAUUGAAUAAUGGAUCUUCUAUUAACAGUAAUAAUAAUUCAUUUAAUAUACGUCGUUCUGAUAUCACAAAUUAUUCUUCUAACUAUACAAAAACUGCUAUUCAACAUAAAAGAAGUUUAUCUGAUGACUACAAUUCUGAUAAUUCAGACGAUUCUCUUAAAUUAUUAAUACCUUCCCCUGAAGGUGUUAAAAGAGAUAUUACAAAUCAUUUUUCAAUAUUUAAAAAUAAUAAUACAUUAUCACAAUUUGAAAAUGGUUUUAGUAAUGAUGUAUUAAUGAUGGAUAGAGAAUUUGUAACAUCACAACUUAAUAUGUAUACAUUUAGACAUAAAGAAAUGCCACAUAUACCAUUUCCAUCAUUAGAUGAUUUAAAAGAAUACAUGGGAUCUUAUCAAUUAACACCACAAAAUAUAUUUAAAUUUUUAAAUUCAUAUACAACAAUUUUUCAAAGUAUCUUAGAAACAAUUCAACGUCUCAAUUUUAAUUCAAUACCCCAAUAUUUACAAAAUUUUUGGCAUAUUUCAUUUGAGAUAGAUGAUUCAGAAGAUAUUGAAAAUAUAAAGCAAAAAAAUGAUAGAGAAAAAGAUACAUAUAAUUUAAAUGUUUGUCAUAGAAUAUGUAAUAUUCCAAUAAUUCAAAAUUAUAUUUAUAAUUUUGAUAUACUUUUUUAUCAAACAUUAAUUGAAACUUUAAUACCAAAUAUUUUAUGUAAUACAAUGACUGGAACAGUUGCUACAUUUUUAAGAAACUUCGCAAAAAGUUUAGAAAAUCAUAUUUCAAAUGCUUUUAAAGGUUGUGUUGAACAAUUUUUACAAAAUAAAAUUAUAACUGUUAGAAUGUUUUCAACAUCAUUAAGAAGAUAUGUAUCAAUAAAUCAUGUAGCACAAGCAGCUAGGUCAGUCUUUCAAAAACCAGAUCAAAUUAGGCAGAUGUAUUUUGAUUAUUCCAGAGUUGAUCUAGAUUUAAUUCAUGAACAUGCUGGAUGGGUUUGUUGUUGUGAUUAUAAUUUAGUUAGAAAUAUUGAAAGUGAUUUUAAAAGUAAUAUGGGAAAACAAAAAACACUUGAAGAAUGGGCUGAAUGGAUAGAAGCUGUUGUUGAUCAAUGUUUAGCUAAUUGUCAUGAUAAACCUAUUAAAUCAAUUAUUAAAGCAGCAAAAAGUUUAUUAUUAGAAUGGAACUUUUAUGCAUCUGCUGUUAUAAGAGAUUUAACAUUACGAUCAGCUCAAUCAUUUGGUUCAUUUCAUCUUGUAAGACUUUUAUUUGAUGAUUAUAUAUAUUUAAUGGUUGAACAAAAAAUAGCACGAACAAUAAAUGUUCCACCAAUAUCAGUUUCAAGUAAUGCAAUUUUAACGGAUGCAUUUGUUCAUAAUUUUAAUUAUAGUAUUACAACAGAAACAUCUUCUUCUGAUUAUCCAUCUUCACAUGAUUCACCAAUUGAAUUAUUAAUUCCAACAUCAACAACAUCAGAAUAUAUUCAAAUAUCAUCAAUAAAUUCUGAACAUUCAACAUCAAUACAUCCACAACCAAAUACAACAACAGCAGAUGAGGAUGAUGAUACACCAAUAGAUAUAUUAUCAACGGAUUUUGAUGAAUCAAAUGAAAUGAUUAAUAAUUCAGAUAAUUUUUCAUUAUCACAUAUAGAAGAGUUGUCAAAUGAGGAUAGUCAUUUAUCACAUCUUGGUGAUUCUGUUUAUAUGGAAGAAGCUGAUUGUACACCUGUUCAUGAAUCAUCAAAUUGUUCAGUAUUAAUGAAUCAAAAUGUUGAUAAUCCUUCAUCAACAUCUUCUUCCUAUAAAUAUAAUAAUAGAACAACAUUUUUAGAAUCAUCUAAUUCAAUGCUUUUAUCACCAGAAUUAUUACUAGAUGUUGAAGGAGAUAAUGACAAAAGUCUUCAAAAAUGUUCCAGUAACGGCGAUUGCCAUGAAUUGUCGGAAAAUUUUAUAAUUUCAUAA